GAAAUUGUGGGUAGUGACACCGAUUGAAGGAGGAAUUAAUAUCAUCAAAAAUAAGAUUAAUGUUUUUGAUGUUAACGUACCAGCUAUUGCUUUAGUCUGUGCAACUGCAACCAUAACAUCCAUGGUCGAACCAGUCUCACACUGCUUAAGAGUCUCACCAAUACACCUUCAAACUUGGAGCAAGUGCAUACCCAACCUUGUCUCCCACAAGUGAGGAUCAACUAACGUCCUCACUCUAUAGGCAGCUUACAAAAGUUUCUGAAUCUCUUAUAACUAGUUGUUAGAUUGUUCUAUUCACGCAGUGUCAAGAUGACAUUCACAUCUCCAAAGCAAUGAAGAUGCUGCUAUUACCAACAACGUGCUGUGGUGGUACUUCAGCUUCGUUAGUGUUUGCAAUCUUCUUCACCUCCUCAAUAGUCCCCAUUCUUCAUAGAUAUAGUCAGAAUAGAAGCAAUCAAGUUGCCUCCGACGAAGAACGUCCAGCCAUCCUUUUAAGUUUGAAGAUAAUGAUGACAACAAGAUUAUAUAGAUUCAGUUUUUAUCAGUUGUACUUGUAUUUAUAUUUAAAAUAACCAAAAUACUUCUAUUAUAUUUGCGGAAAUAAAUAUUUGUUUUUUUUUUAACAACGAGAAAAAAUAUUUAAUUCGAAUUAUAAAAAUUAUAGUGUAAGAAAACUGAACCUGUUUUAUUUUUUUUUAGUUGGUUCUUAACUUUUAUGCAAAAAUAAGCCAAAUUUUAUUAUCUGGAUGAUUCAUCAAACACAUUUUAAACAAAAAAAAUGUUAAACUAAAAAUAGAAAGAAAAUUAAAUUGAGCGAAAAAGAAAGAAAGAAAGAUUCAAAAGACCGAUUAUCCAAUAAUGUAAAUGAAUAAAUUAUGCAAAAAAAAAUUAUAAAACAAUACAAAAAACUUUUCAGACCGUUUAAACUGAUGAUGCAUCCACAUGUUCCCAGACCAGACAGACCCACACAGACUUCCACUCUCUUAUCUCUCUCUCUCUCUCUGUAGUCCUCCAAUGGCGGACCACGACGAGGAAGAGACCCACCACCAUCAAAGACCACCGUAUAUCCCCAAAGAAACGGCCGUCCAAGCUCUAAACACCAUAAUCCAACUCCACUUCGAGAAAACCCUGGAGAAAAAACGAGCCAUUGACAACCAAAAGAAGAAGCUCCACAACCUCUUCACCCUCUUCUUCAUCUUCCUUGCCGUCGUCUUCGCUUCCCUCUCUCAACCCUCCAGCCGUCUCCAAUGCCGCCAUUGUUGGGCACCAAUAUGUUUCCUCUCUUUCUCUCACCUCAUCUUCUACAUCUCAGUGGCACAGACCCUACGUUGCAUCAACGGGUUCAAGUACCAGCGUCGCUGCCAUAAGCUAACUCUCGGCCUCGCCACGGAGAAGCUUCGCUUCGUGAAGACAGUGGCAGCUACCGCUGUUGGUGAGGAGGAGAUCUCAGCCGCCGCUGCUGCGGGGGAUCUGGAAGUGCCGUAUCAAGAGCCGUCGGAGAGUUAUUUGGGGAAGUUUAAGAGGAAUUGGGCUCUUUAUUUUGGGUUCUUGAUCCUUCUCUAUGCUUUCUUGGUUUCUUUCUCUGUUGUAGUCCUCUGUUUCUGAUCUAAACUCAAAGGGCAUUUUAGGUAAUUCUUUGAUUUUAGAAAAUUCCUUUUUGUUUCGUAUCACUAAUCAGAAUUACAUAACAAAAAGGUCGAUUCCACUUUGGAUUA